UAACCAUUUUAAAGUUUACAGUUCAGUGGCAUUUAGUAUAUUCACAUUGUUGUGCAAACAUCGCCGCCAACCAUCUCCAUGGGAAGGGAUGUUUUUAAUUUUUCAGUUUUCUUUUUUUUUUUCUUAACAUUUUUUAUUGAGUUAUACUCAUUUUACAAUGUUGUGUCAAAUUCCAGUGUAGAGCACAAUUUUUCAGUUAUACGUGAACAUACGUAUAUUCAUUGUCACAUUUUUUUCUCUGUGAGCUACCGUAAGAUCUUGUGUAUAUUUUCCUGUGCUACACAGUGUAAUCUUGUUUAUCUAUUCUACAAUUUUGAAGUCCCAUCUAUCACUUCCCACCCUCCGCCCCCUUGGCAACCACAAGUUUGUAUUUUUCAGUUUUCUUAAAGUCUCCCAUAGAAAAACUGUUUCUCUGCUCACGACACUUCUGACACCAAAUGUGUAGAGUUCCCCUCACCACUGCCAUACCAACCAAUUUUCCGACUCUCCAGACACCAGCUGGGUGUCCUAUCAUUUAAUUCUGACACCAAGCACGUGGAGUUGGUGUCAGACUCCACAGGCUUAAGGGCUUAGAUGUCAGUUGCAAGCAGUGGGUUCCCCUAGGUACACACACAUCUAUCCAACAUGGCUACAAAGUUCGGGGUACCCACCCCCCCUCCAGUUUUAAUAAUUUGCUGGAAUGGCUCAUAAAACUCAGGGAAAUACUUACUUACGUUUACUGUUUCAUUAUAAAGGAUACAAAUGAACAGCCAGAUAAACAGGGACUAUCUCUGUGGAGUUGGGGAGCACCACCCUCCUGGCACAUGGAUAUGUUCACCAACCUGGGAGCUCUUGGAACCUCAUAGUGUAGGUAUUUUUAUGGAAACUUUAUCACGUAGACAUGACCGAUUAUUGCUUUAAUCUCUAGCCCCACCCUUCUCCCCAGAGGAUGGGGUAGGGGGUGAGGCUGAAAGUUCCAAGCUUCUAAUCAAGGCUUGGUCUUGCUGGUGAGCAGCCCCAUCCCCAAGUCAUCAGGAGCCCAAGAAGAGUCAUCUCCCUGGAACAGAAGACAUUCCUAUCACCCAAGAGAUUCCAAGGGGUUUGGGAGUUCUCUGUAAGAUGCUCUUGUCACUGCGAUUACUAGGAAAUUACCAAGAUUUUAGGAGCUCUGUGUAAGGAACCAGGGCAAAGACCAAAUAUAUAUCUUUUAUUAUAUCACACCUCCACUUACACAUCAGACCACUCCUAGAUCAAGAAAUCUGUCAUGAUGAACUAUGAUGACAUCAAAUGUGGUUCACUUUGAUUUUUCAGGCAGUUCUGCUCUCUCUUUAGGGUCUCAGUUUCUAUCAGUAGAGAGCCUUCUGAGAAUUUUCACUUCCUUCCCCCUGCAUUUGAGCCAUGCUGAUGGAGGCUCUACUGGACCAAGCGCCCUCCAAAAAGACCCAGGUCUGGCUUCUGUUCUCUCCACAUGACCCACGGUCAUUUCCGUUCCUCUCAAGACUGCAUUUUAGUGGCUUAGUCUCCUGAGUCUGAAUCUUCCACCCAGAACCUUUCCCCUCCCACACAGAGACAUCACCCCCUGCAGCCUCACCUCCAUCUGCUGCCCAGUCCCCUCACCCCCAUCACCCAAUGUGUAUUUGCAGCAAGAGGAAGUGAUGGCGGUUCCUUCUGGCAGAGGCACAGAGGGAAAGCUGCUCCCUCAGGAAGAAAUAAGUGAUAGCUCUGCAGUUUUCAUGUGGUUGUUUUUCUUGGGAGGGAGGAGGUAGGCAGCUGGAAAGGGAGAGACUGGAACGAAAGGAAAGAGGGAGGGGGCAGGAGCCCAGGCUCCUUGCCAACCUGGAUAGGAGGAGAGGGCAAAUAAUUAAAGCAACAGGACCAGCAGCAAAACAAUUCCUGGAAAUUUACUCUUUCUCCUUCCUCCCCCCCACCACUUCUUUUUUAAAAAAUAUAGACAAGACAUUGUAGUCAACAAUCAGAAAGGAAGGAAGGUACCAGGGAGGAGUUAUUGGGAGGCACAGAUAAAGGCAGGCAGCUUCCCAGGGUUGGGAGGGGGCCAAGGGCUUGCGCCUGGACCCUGGAGGAAGGGGUGGAGCAGAUUGUCCCAGGAAUUCCCCCACUCGCCUGGCCUUUGUGACCAAGGACCGUACUUUAUGUGGUGAGGGCAGGUGGACUGUGGACAGGUCAAGGCUGAGGAGUUUGGCAGUGAUAGCACGCCCUUCCCCAGCCUGAGCUUCCAGGAGGUCACUGAGUACAGAAGCCAAGUCCAACCGCAGAAGUUGCUCUGCCCUCCUGCCGUGGCUUUUCCAAGCCAGGAAGGUAGGCUUGUCUACCCAGAAGCACCAGAGCAAGGGCUCCCCAGGCUCCCCAAGACAGGAUGUGGCCCAGCGGCCCCCGUCCUUGCUCUGCUUAGCUCUUCCCUGAGACAGUGGAGAGAACACUAGGUUGGGGACCAGACCUGGCUUUGACACCCUGUUCCACCACUUAGUAGCUUGGUAGCUUUGGGCAAUCCACCUUACCUUUCUGAGUCUCACUUUCUUUAUAUGUAAAAUGAGGAUAACGGUGGCAAGGUUAUAGUAUGGGAUGGAUGACAUCAUAUAUGUAAAGCACUUGGCAUAAACAUGCCCCCUUUCCACUUCUUGUGGACGAGGAGAGAGAAAUCCCUUCUGUGGAACUGACCUUGGUAUCCUCUCCCUAGUCCUACCAACGCCAGCCAUUUUUUCUCUGAACUGGAUCAACACUCGCUUCUUUUAUUUAGUCGUCUGAUGUAUGUGUUAUGCAAAACGUCAAGAACCCCAGAUGCCUCCAUGUACCACCAGAGAGGAGCUGUAGUAAUGGUGACAGCUAACAGCUGCUGAGCACGCACCAUUUGCCAGGCAUGACUGCAGUGUGCUUUCCAGGUAUCAUCUCAUUUAAUCCUCACAGCAACUUGAGGUGGGUUCUGUUGCAGACAGGGAAACUGAGGCACAAUGAGGUCAAACAAUUUGCCUGAGUCACACUGCCAGUAGUUCAGUAAACUCUUACUAUUGGGAUUCUUGACCUGGUGCCUGGCACCUAAUGGCUUUAGGUGGUCUGUGAACUUACUGAAAACUAAAUAUAAAACCCUGUCUGUUGCGUUAAGUCGUUUUUAUGGGGCUUCAAGCCUUCCUUGGCUGCUCGAAAGGAUCCAUGAUGUCCGAAUGGUUAAACAUGACCACCCUAGAAGAGCUUCUCAGGGACAUGGGGCAGGGUCUACACUUCUGUGGAGGGGACUCAGCCCCGAGAAUUCUGGGAAAUUUCUUGAGUGAGGGAGAAGUUGCCUUCAUGGUGCUGAGAGAAGUGUGGGAGGAUCUGGGGGAGGAGCUUGAGAAAGGGAAGGUGGGUUGCUUUUGCUUCCCAGCCCUUAUCCUUCCUACAAGAUGAAGGACAACUGUUUCCUCUCAUGGUUUCUCAAGAGAGUGUGUGCCGGGGGAUGGUGCAUAUUCGUCUAAGGAAGAGGAAACUUGGAGAGACUGACAGAGACUAGCAAGGCCCUGGGUACCAUACCCUCAGGGAAACUGGGACCUCCCAGCAGUCUCUCAGAAUGCCCCAGCUCUUCCCCCCUUCACUUCCCUAUCCCCUCCCUGGCUUCAGUUCCUCCCUCAGAUUCCCCCACCUCCUGACCCGCAGCACCUCCUCCAGGGUCCCUGUAGAUGUGCUGAUUCCAGGUUUAUUCAGUUCUACUAACUUGUGCUGAGCACCUAAUAUGGGCUGGACAGAAAUUCUUCUUGCAUUCUGUGGAGCUGAGGCCCCAGCUUCCUAAGGUUUCACCAGUUUGAUGAAAACAUACGGAUUCUUAAACUCCCAGAGAGCUGGUGUUCAGAGGACUCGCUGAAGUCAUCUUUUUUUUUUUUUUAAUUGAAGUAUUGUCAGUUUACAAUGUUCUGUCAAUUUCUGGUAUACAGCACAAUGUUUCUGUCCAACAUAUACCUACAUAUAUUCCUUUCCGUAUUUUUUUCCAUUAUAGUUUACUGCAAGAUAUUGAUUAUAGUUCCCUGGGCUAUACAGUAUAACCUUGUUUGUCUAUUUUAUAUAUAGUAGUUAGUAUCUGCAAAUCUCAGACUCCCAGUUUAUCCCUUACCACACCCUUCCCCUCCGGUAACCAUGAGUUUGUUUUCUAUGUCUGAGUCUAUAUUCUGUUUUGUAGAUAAGUUCAUUUGUGUCUUUUUUUUUGUUUUGGAUUCCACAUAUGAGUGAUCUCAUGUGGUAUUUUUCUUUCUCUUUCUGGCUUACUUCACUUAGAAUGAUGAUCUCCAGGUGCAUACGUGUUGCUGCAAAUGACAUUAUUUUAUCCUUUUUUAUGGCUUGGUAGUAUUCCAUUGUAUAUGUGUACCACAACUUCUUUAUCCAAUCAUCUGUUGAUGGACAUUUAGGUUGCUUCCAUGUCUUGGCUAUUGUAAAUAGUGCUGCUAUGAGCACUGGGGUGCCCGUAUCUUUUCAAAUUAGAGUUUCCUCUGGAUAUAUGUCCUGGAGUGGGAUUGCUGGAUCAUAUGGUAAGUCUAUUUUUUGUGUUUUAAGGAAUCUCCAUGCUGUUUUCCAUACUGGCUGCACCAAACUACAUUUCCACCAACAGGGUAGGAGGGUUCCCUUUUCUCCACACCCUCUCCAGCAUUUAUUGUUUGUGGACUUUUGAAUGAUGGCCAUUCUGACUGGUGUGAGGUGAUACCUCACUGUAGUUUUGAUUUGCAUUUCUCUGAUAAUGAGAGAUACUGAGCAUUUUUUCAUGUCCCUAUUGGCCAUUUGUAUGUCUUCAUUGGAGAAUUGCUUGUUUAGGUCUUCUGACCAUUUUUUGAUUGAGUUGUUUGCUUUUUUUGUUGUUGUUAUUAAGUUAUAUGAGCUGUUUAUGUAUUUUGGAAAUUAAGCUCUUGUCUAAUAAUUUGCAAUUAUUUUCUCCCAUUCCAUCGGUUGUAUUUUUGUUUUGUUUAUAGUUUCCUUUGCUGUGCAAAAGCUUGUAAGUUUAAUUAGGUCCCAUGUGUUUAUUUUUUUCUUUUAUUUCUAUUGCCUGGGUAGACUGCCCUAGCGGAACAUUGCUGAUUUAUGCCAGAGAAUGUUUUGCCUAUGUUUUCUUCUAGGAGGUUUAUAGUGUCUUGUCUUAUGUUUAAGUCUUUAAGCUAUUUUGAGUUUAUUUUUGUGUAUGGUGUAUGGGAGUGUUCUAACUUCACUGAUUUCCAUGUGGCUCUCCAGCAUCCCAACAACACAUGCCAAAGAGACUGCCUUUUCUCCACUGUAUAUUCUUGCCUCCUUUGCCGAAGAUUAAUUGGCCAUAAGUAUGUGGGUUUAUUUCUGGGCUCUCUAUUCUGUUUCAUUGAUCCAUACGUCUCUUUUGUGCCAAUACCAUGCUGUUUUGAUUACUGUAGCUCUGUACUAUUGUCUGAAGUCUGGGAGGGUUAUGCCUCUAGCUUUGUUAUUUUUCUUGAAUAUUGCUUUGGCAAUUCUGGCUCUUUUGUGAUUCAAUAUAAAUUUUAAGGUUAUUUGUUCUAGUUAUGUGAAAAAUGUCCUGGAUAAUUUGAUAGGGAUCACAUUAAAUCUGUAGAUUGCUUUGGAUAGUAUGGCCAUUUUAACAGUAUUUUUUUUUUUUACAUUUUUUUUAUUGAGUAGUAGUCAUUUUACAAUGUUGUGUCAAAUUUCCAAUGUAGAGCACAAUUUUUCAGUUAUACAUGAAUAUAUAUACACACAUAUAUAUUCAUUGUCAAUUUUUUUUCGCUAUGAGCUACCACAAGAUCUUGUAUAUAUUUCCCUGUGCUAUACAGUAUAAUCUUGUUUAUCUAUUCUGCAUUUUAAAAUCCCAGUCUGUCCCUUCCCACCCCCUGCCCCCUUGGCAACCACAAGUUUGUAUUCUAUGUCUAUGAGUCUGUUUCUGUUUUGUAUUUAUGUUCUUUUUCUUUUAGAUUCCACAUAUAAGUGAUCUCAUAUGGUAUUUUGCUUUCUCUUUCUGGCUUACUUCACUUAGAAUGACAUUCUCCAGGAACAUCCAUGUUGCUGCAAAUGGCGUUAUGUUAUCGGUUUUUGUGGCUGAAUAGUAUUCCAUCGUAUAAAUAUAUCACCUCUUCUUUAUCCAGUCAUCUUUUGAUGGACAUUUGGGCUGUUUCCAUGUCUUGGCUAUUGUAAAUAGUGCUGCUGUGAACAUUGGGGUGCAGGUGUUAUUUUGAAGCUGGCUUCCUUCUGGAUAUAUGCCCAGGAGCGGGAUUCCUGGGUCACAUGGUAAGUCUAUUCCUAGUCUCCUGAGGAGUCUCCAUACUGUUUUCCACAGUGGCUUUCCUUGCUUCCCUCUCCCACUCUCAGUGAUUUGGAUGUCUUCUUUUACAAUUCUGUGUUUAUUCUUUUUGGAAUUCAUGGUAGUCAUCACCUUUCCAGUUAUGAGUUUCUCAUUUUUGUAACAUCCUUCUUCUUUUCUAUUUAGAGUAGAACUGUCAAUAUUUCUUUUAGCAUGGGUUUAGUGUUGCUAACCUCUUUCAAUUUUUGCUUGUCUCUGUGAAGUUCUUUAUCUCUCCUUCUAUUCUGAAGGACAGCCUUGCUGGAUAGAGUAUCCUCGGCUGCAUCUUCUUUUCAUUCAGGACUUUGAAUAUAUCUUGCCACUCCCUUCUGGCCUGUAGAGUUUGUGUCGAGAAAUCAGCUGAGAGCCUGAUGGGGGUUCCCUUGUAACUCACAAUUUGUUUUUCUCUUGCUGCCUGUAGGAUCAUUUCUUUAUCCUUGACUCUGGCCAUCUUGAUUAUGGUAUGUCUUGGUGUGGGUCUGUUUGGGUUCUUCCUGUUCGGGACCCUCUGAGCCUUCUGUAUUUGGAUAUCUGAUUCUUUCUUUAGGUUUGGGAAGUAUUCAGUCAUGAUUUCUUCUAAUACCUUUUCAAUCCUCUUUGUUCUUUAUUCCCCUUCUGGGACUCCUAUCAUGUGUAAAUUGGCACGCUUUAUAUUAUCCCAUUGGUCCCUUAUAUUGUUUUCAUUGUUUUUUAUUUGUUUUUCUCUCAGCUGUUCUGAUUGGGUGCUUUCUGUUGUCCUGUCUUCUAGGUCACUUAUUCGUUCCUCUGCAUUAUCUAGCCUGCUUUGCACAGCCUUUAGGUCAGUUCACAUCUCAGCAAAUGAGUUUACUAAUUCUGCUUGGUUCUUCUUUAUAGCUUCUAUUUCAUUUUUGACAUAUUUUAUAUCUCUAAACACUAUCUGUUUUAGUUCCUUCAGUACUUUGAUCACUCCUUUUUUGAAAUCUUGAUCUAGCAGGCCAUCAAUGUCUAUUUUCUUGAUCGUGCUUUCAGGGGAUUUCUCUUGAUCUUUUAAUUGGGAGUGGUUCUUCUGCUUCUUCAUCUUGCUCAUAUCUCUCUGGCACUGUGGCUUAAGGAGUAUCAGUUAUCUAGUUCUCCUGGAGAAGGUGUGCUCUUAAUGAUUUUAUUGAGAGGUCUUUGUGUCUUCGCCCUAUUUCACAGACUCAGCUUGCUGUUUUCAGAGGCCCUCUGUUGGCGCCCUCGUCUGUGCUGCUCCCAGUGGCUGUCGGCUAGCAGAUCAUGAACCCUCCCAACACUGGGUCUGGUGCUGAGCUCUUACCCGGUGGGCAGGCGGGUCACUCCCCCUCCCGUGCCGCAGUCAGAUGCUGCGCUUGGGCGGGUGAGACAGGUGGGUGGAUCGUGCCCCCUCCCAGCACCGUGGUCAGGUGCUGCGUUCCUGCCAGGAAGGCAGGUGGCCGCCCGCCCUCUUCUGGCACCGGUUGCUCUGCUGCUCUGUGCAGCUGUGCGCUCCACCUCAGGUCGGUGCUCUGAAGGCGGGCUCGGGGAAGCCUGUGGAACGGUCCUGCCCCUGCUCCCUGCCACGUGGUGCGAGUUCUCUGAGGUGCCAGGGCAGAAAGAUCCUCUCUGCCUCAGGCUGUAAACAAGUCUCAGUCCUGCCUAGGAGGAUGCGGAGCCCCCAGGUAGGGAUUCAGGUCUUGGCCCCGCCCCCGCCAGGGUGCUGCGCACAGGAGGAGAUGGCGGCUGUGGCUGCGCCCGCCUCUCUUCUUGCAAGAAGUGCCAGUAAUGGCAGCGCAGGUCUGAGGAGACAAAGGCUACGGCGCCCCUCCCCCCAGGGCACACCAGCCGUGUUGCUUUGCUUUUUUCGCAAUUUAUGGGGGACUGAGGCUGUUCUGCCCGUAUCCCCUCCCAGCCCUGGCGCGCAGCCCCCUGCAGUCCCCCGGGGCUGCCUCAGCGCAGCCGCCCCUGUCCUCUGCCCGGCUUGGGCGGCCUGUCCCAGCCCUCGGCUUGCGUCUCGGGCUGGGUGUCGCGGGGACCCUUUGUGCCUGUUUAACUCAGUUCUGUUGGUCAAGGGGUGCUCGGGGCAGAUUGAGCCUCAGAGGCUCCCCCUCCAUCCUGCUGGCCUCUCCAUUGGAGAGGGGGAGACCCAGCGAAUGAGCGCUAGUCCUCCUUUGCCGCUCCCUCCCUGCGGGAUUGAUCCCACACUGUUUUGAUAUUUGUUCUUUCUUUUUCCCUACCAGAUUUUUGGUGUAUUUGUCUUUUGAAGAGGGCGAUGUUCUGUUGGAGUUCAUUGGGUGCUCUGGUUGGCUGGGUGGGUCCAUAGAUGUGAGUUUUGGUGUAUUUGUGGGAGAGAGUGAGCUACGAGUGUCCUUCUACUCUGCCAUCUUGGCCCCGAGUAGGGACAGAUAUUCAAUACCUGGAGGCAAGGUUACUUCUCUUCACUGUGGGACGUCACUGCAGGUAGCAGGGCUGGAGGUGUGUAGAGCUUGAAACAAACUGGCACAGUGGGUCCCAGCCCUGCCCAUUCCACCUCCCUUUUGUUGUCUAAGCUCUCUCUCUUCAGAAGAGCCCUCCUGGGUGGAGAAGAGGGAAUGAGUGCCUGGGGAAUGGUGCUCUUAACUCUUGGCCCUGGUUCCAGCUGAGAUUUUGCCUGGUGCCACUAGGGGGCGCGUGCCUCCCCUCCAGGGUGCCCAGUGCUCAGAGCUGCUGCCCCAGAACAGGUGCAGCUGCCCCUCCCAAGACUUCUGGGCAGAGAUUUUAGUCCUUGAGCCUCCCUGCCACGGAUUGCCUCUGAGAGACCUCUCCUGUCUCUGAAGCUUUCAGCUAUGUGGCUGUACCUGGCGGCCCUGGUGGGCCUGUACCACCUCCUGCGCUGGUACCGGGAGAGGCAGGUGGUGAGCCACCUCCGGGACAAGUACGUCUUCAUCACGGGCUGUGACUCGGGCUUCGGGAACCUACUGGCCAGGCAGCUGGACCUGCAAGGCCUGCGGGUGCUGGCUGCGUGUCUGACCGAGAAGGGGGCCCAGCAGCUGAGGAAGCAGACGUCUGACAGGCUGGAGACGGUGAUCCUGGAUGUCACCAAGACAGAGAGCAUUGCUGCGGCCACCCAGUGGGUGAAGGAGCAUGUGGGGGACAGAGGACUCUGGGGCCUGGUGAAUAACGCGGGCAUCUCCAUACCCACCGCACCCAAUGAGUGGCUGACGAAACAGGACUUCAUGAAGAUCCUGGACGUGAACCUGCUGGGGGUGAUCGAGGUGACCCUGAGUCUGCUGCCCCUUGUGAGGAAGGCGAGGGGCCGUGUGGUCAACGUCUCCAGUGUCAUGGGCCGGAUUUCCCUGUUUGGUGGAGGAUACUGUGUGUCCAAGUACGGCGUUGAGGCCUUCUCAGACUCCCUCAGGAGGGAGCUCUCCCACUUUGGGGUGAAGGUGGCUAUGAUCGAGCCCGGUGUCUUCAGCACCAAUAUAACCAACAUGGAGGCAUUUUCUCAGAGUUUCCGGACAGCAUGGGAUCAGGCCAGCCCAGAGGUCAAGGAACUCUAUGGAGAGACGUUUGUGCCCACCUUCCUGGAGUCACUUGAAACACUGAAACCAAGAUGGUCCAAGAAUCUGUCCUUGGUGACGAACUGCAUGGAGCACGCCCUGACCGCCUGCCACCCCCGCACGCGAUACUCCUGUGGCUGGGAUGCCAAGCUCUUCUACCUCCCCAUGAGCUACAUGCCCACCUUCCUGGUGGAUUUCAUGGCCUACUGGAGCUCCCCAAGGCCUGCUCAGGCCCUGUAGCCCCAAACUAGGGUGCAUGGGGGGGUGGGGUACUAUGUGAGGGAAGGGAUGCAUCAGUGAAGGGAAAUGCAGUGGAGAGGGGAUCUCGUGUCACCAGGGAGACCUGUCUCUCCUCCCUCUCCACCUCCUCCCCAGUCUUCUCGUGGGACAUUACUGAGGACUUCGGGGAUAUUAGGAGGAAGGAACCAAGUUUUGUGGUGAGGAACAGGGACCAAUAGUUCAUUUCUGUGUCUAGUUUCUUGAUCAGUCCCUUUAGGCUCUGAGCCUUAUGGCACUCCUGCCACCCUGAGGAAUCCACACGUUUUGGGGGGUGUGAGCUGCUGGAAGUGUAUCAGCCCGCUCCCCCCUGCCCCUGUCCACCUCUGCUGGGGUGCCUUGGCCCUGGCCAGCCUCCCCCUCCCACAGGAUAGAAAUGGCCUUGGGGAGGUAAAAGCCUCUCUUCCUUGAUGACACCUGUGGACAGGGGUGAGAGGGGGCAACCACCAGCCUGGCACAUCAGCCCAGGUGCCAACACAGCUGUGGCUGUGAGGGGGUGUCCUCAAUAGGGGUCCUGACACAAGACACAGAUACCAACUUUUGAUUUGUCAUGAAACCAUGCAUUUCCAAUUAUUAUUUUUUCGUUAAAACAAAAGUUGGAAAGUUUACCCAGGCCAGUGAUUGGGACCAGGGCCCUGGGGAGCAGCGGGUUGUGGAUCCAGGAGAGGAAGAGUCCGGUGCCUUCAUGGAGGGGAAGGGUGAGCGGACGGCCUGAGGAGGGGUUUGAAGAGGGAAGUGAAAUCAUCCCUUCUUCCACAGACGUGAGGGUAUAAUAUAUAAUAACAAUCUUUCCAGGGUUUGUCAAGGGACCUGGGUCACAGGGUUAGAGCCAAGGAUGGACCCAGGGAGAGGUGUCUUAGGACUGCAGGGCCCAGACCCUUCCCUGGCAACGUGUAGCCUCUGGCUCCGCAGAAGCCUUUCUGUGGCCCUCCCUCUGUCCCCUCCUUUCGAGUCACUGUCUUCCAUCCUUUGCCAUCCCCGCGAUCCCCAACCUAGAUCCCCUCCCCGACCCUCAAGGGGAGGGGAGUUAAUUCUGUACCCGUCUUAUGUUUUCUGCUAACCUUUACUGAGCACCUACUGUGUGCUGGGCAGGAAUUCCCUUGGUUUCCCGGGGCUUCCCGAAUCUGCGUCACCGCUGCUCUCAUGAUACUCUGUAUGGACUCAAUGGAGAAGGAAUUUGCACAGAGUCAUACGGAUUUCCAGGCUGAGUACCAAUUUCAGUUGGGAGGUAUCUCCCAGUCAUCUUAACUCACCUUCCUCAUUAUAAAAAUGAGGUUAUGGGGACUUUGGGGAAUUUUAUGCCUUUGAACAAUAUUUUAUGAUAUUAUAUACCUUAAAAAGCAUUGACUUAUACAGUCAUUUGAAAUGUCAUCUAAGUAAACAUUUACUGAGUGGGUUUGACAUAAAUGCAGACAGUGUGAACUAUAAGAACUAGAUCAGAGGGGCCUCCAGUGUGAACAGGAAGAUACCUGAGGACCCCACGACAGAGGGUGAGUGACAGAACUUGAGUACAACUUUAGCCUUCAGGCACUGUUCUCCGUGAGCUGUGUGGCUGUGCCUGGCGGCCCUGGUGGGCCUGUGCCACCUCCUGCGCUGGUACCGGGAGAGGCAGGUGGUGAGCCACCUCUGGGACAAGUACGUCUUCAUCACGGGCUGUGACUCGGGCUUCGGGAACUGCUGGCCAGGCAGCUGGACCUACGAGGCCUGCGGGUGCUGGCUGCGUGUCUGACCGAGAAGGGGGCCCAGCAGCUGAGGAAGCAGACGUCUGACAGGCUGGAGACGGUGAUCCCGGAUGUCACCAGGACAGAGAGCAUCGC